UCUGAAGCUAACCAUGAAAACAGAAGAAGCUACGUUUCUGAUGUGAUGCUUGAAAGUUAAUGACUGCUUGUCACGUUUUUGUGAACAUUAAAUAUGACUUAGAAGCAUUGAAGGUUUAUGAUGUCAUCGGUUUCGACAGAAAGCAAACUCCAGCCGGCAGUGAGCCUUCAAGGAGUUGACCCAGAAACAUGCAUGAUUGUGUUUACAAACCACUGGGCACAGGUUGUGAAAAUCUUAGAGAAGCAUGACCCCUUGAAGAACACCCAGGCAAAAUAUGGCUCCAUCCCCCCGGAUGAGGCCAGUGCCGUGCAGAACUAUGUAGAACACAUGCUCUUCCUGCUGAUUGAGGAGCAAGCCAAGGAUGCUGCCAUGGGGCCGAUUCUGGAAUUUGUGGUCUCAGAGAACAUCAUGGAGAAGCUCUUUCUGUGGAGUUUGAGGCGGGAAUUCACUGAUGAGACUAAAAUGGAGCAGCUAAAGAUGUACGAGAUGUUAGUCACGCAGUCCCACCAGCCCCUGCUGCAUCAUAAGCCCAUUCUGAAGCCCCUGAUGAUGCUGCUGAGCUCUUGUUCAGGAACAACCACGCCUGCUGUGGAGGCCAAGCUGGUUGUCCUGCUCAAUCAGCUCUGUUCCAUCCUUGCCAAAGAUCCAUCCAUUCUGGAACUGUUUUUCCACACCAGCGAAGAUCAAGGCGCUGCCAACUUCCUCAUCUUCUCUCUCCUGAUCCCCUUCAUUCACCGUGAGGGGACAGUAGGCCAGCAAGCUCGAGAUGCUUUGCUAUUCAUCAUGUCUCUCUCUGCCGAGAACAGCAUGGUGGCCCAUCACAUCGUGGAGAACACCUACUUCUGUCCGGUGCUUGCAACUGGACUUAGUGGGCUCUAUUCAUCCCUGCCCACAAAACUAGAAGAGAAGGGCGAGGAGUGGCACUGCCUUCUGAAGGACGACUGGCUGCUGCUGCCCUCCCUCGUGCAGUUCAUGAACUCCCUGGAGUUCUGCAAUGCGGUCAUCCAGGUAGCGCACCCCUUGAUCCGAAGUCAGCUUGUCAAUUACAUUUACAAUGGAUUCCUGGUACCAGUCUUGGCUCCCGCCCUCCACAAGGUGACGGUGGAGGAGGUGAUGACCACCACGGCAUAUCUGGACCUCUUCCUGCGCAGCAUUUCGGAGCCCGCACUCCUGGAGAUCUUCCUGCGCUUCAUCCUCCUGCACCAGCAUGAGAAUGUGCAAAUCCUGGACACACUCACCAGCCGGAUCAACACCCCGUUUCGGCUCUGUGUGGUGUCCCUGGCAUUGUUCAGAACGCUCAUCGGGUUACAUUGCGAAGAUGUGAUGCUCCAACUAGUCUUAAGGUACCUGAUGCCCUGCAAUCAUAUGAUGCUGAGUCAAAGGUGGGCUGUGAAGGAAAGAGACUGUUACUCGGUGUCCGCGGCCAAGCUGCUGGCCUUGACCCCCAUCUGCUGCGGCAGCGGGAUCACCUUGACGCUCGGGAACCUGGAGAGGGAUUACAUCCUUUGGUCAAAGUGCACGCACGACAACUCAGGGACCGCAGAGCAGCCGCCGUCUGCGGAGCCCUCCCCCGCCGCCUGCAUCGUGGAGUACGGGAAGGCGCUGGACAUCAGCUACCUGCAGUACCUGUGGGAGGCCCGCACCAACAUCCUUCGCUGCAUGAGGGACUGCCGAGUCUGGUCGGCCCUCUAUGACGGGGACUCACCCGACCCCGAGACCUUCCUGCACAGUUUGACCGGGGAGAGCCAUCCGGGCUUGGCCUGCCCGGAGUCCCGGCACUUUCAACAACAACAACGCCCUGGGACUAUGGGGCCUCAGCUGACUUCAGCCAAGGACAGAAGCCAGACAGAGCUGGAGUGGGAUGACAGCUACGACACUGGCAUCUCCUCCGGGGCCGAGGUGGGCUCCCCUGGGCCUUACGACGAUGUGGAGACAUCCGGUACUCCUGGUCCCGUGGAUCCCCCUAAACACAUCCAAGAGAUGAAGAAGAAUGCCAUCCUGCUCUUCAAAGGCUCCUACAUCGAAGAGUCGGACUUCCAGGAUGAUGUGAUGGUAUACAGGCUUUGUGCAGAGAAGGACUCAGAGGAGGCCAGGAACUUGCCCGAGGAAACAGGGCCCCCAGCCCAGGCCCAGAGCAAGGGUGAGCAGCCCCCUGUGGAUGAUGGUCCCCUCCCCAGCCCCCCACCAGAGGCAGAUGUAGAGGAGGAGCCCAAGAGGGACGGUUCAGACUUGCUCCAGAACACGCCCACGGAAUCAAAGCAAGACAGUGCUCCCGAAGUCAACUCCGAGGUAGCAGCCCCCAUCUCUGAAGCAGAGCCCCGUGCAAAUGUGCCCCUCGUCAACCCAGACAGCGAAGACCUCCUUGCCCAGUACGACCAGAUCAUUCAGCAGCUGGAUUCAGGCACCGAGGGCUUGAUGGACCAGGGCUUCCCCACACCCGAUCCCUUCCUUCUUCCGAGGGAAGAAGAAGUGAGAGAGGAGGAGAGCAAAAGAGAACAGGAGGAGAAGGAGAGUAAUUCUCUGUCCUUGGGGGACAAGGACAUAGAAGAAGAGGACGACGACGACUUUGACUCGUUCAUGGCGGAAACUCCUGCUGUGGAGACCAUGCCCUCCCCAUUUGGGGGGGGAGAUGCCGGUUACCGUCCUGUGAGGACUCAGAGCACCCCGUUCACAGGCCCAUUCAUCAGCGUGGUCCUGUCCAAGCUGGAGAGCAUGCUGGAGAACUCCCUGCACGUGAACCUGCUGCUCAUCGGCAUCAUCACACAGCUCGCCAGCUACCCCCAGCCCCUCCUGCGCUCCUUCCUGCUCAACACCAACAUGGUCUUCCAGCCCAGCGUCCGCUCACUCUACCAGGUCCUGGCAUCGGUGAAAAACAAGAUUGAGCAGUUCGCCUCUGUGGAGAGGGAUUUCCCGGGCCUCCUCCUCCAAGCGCAGCAGUACCUGCUCUUCCGGGUCGACAUGGCUGAUAUGAGCCCUGUGGCACUAACCAAAGAUCCUGUUCAGGAAGCUUCUAGGACAGGAAGUGGCAAGAACCUUUUGGAUGGCCCGCCAAGAGUGCUUCAGCCCUUCCUGACCAACAGAGCCAAGGUGGCCGGGGCGCCCCCGAACCUGCCCCUGCCGGUGAGGAACACCAUGCUGGCGGCCGCCCUCUUCCCAGAGUUCUUGAAGGAGCUGGCGGCCUUGGCCCAGGAACACUCUAUCCUGUGCUACAAGAUCCUGGGUGACUUCGAGGACUCCUGCUGUUAGCUUUUUAUAUUAAUAGUGACUUUUGUGUUUUAAGGUUAUAGCAUCUUGACUGAAUGUUAAAUGCAAAGCUGCUCAUGGAAACGUUCUACUUUGAUAUUUCCUGACAAUACUUGAUUUGUGGGGAGGUGUGGGGAGGGCGUUUUUCUGGGCAUCCCCCCUCUGGCUGGGCUU